ACGCACACGCCUCGCGCGUUCAAAACAGGGCGUGGGCAACCCGCGGCGCGUCACCUCCCAAAACAUCCCCUUCCUCCCUCAUUAACCCGGAAACCCAACCCUGUGGCGGCCUAUUCCACCCCAUUUCCAACCCCCCUGUGUCUGUGGCUACGCGUGACGAGGCGAAAUAGCGAUAGGAACCACGGGAACAAGGAAUGGUUGGCGUUUAGUGGGGUGGAUAGCGUAAAAAGUGGCGUCGAUGUCUCUUUGUGCCAUCUUCAGCUGCGAAGUGUGAGGUGCAGGGAACAGGUGCAGGCGUGAGGGGGUGAAGAGGUGCAGCCAAGAGGAGCAGAAAGCAUGGCGUGUGGACAGUAGGACAUAGAGGGUGUGCACAGGUGACAGCAAUGUGGGGCAGGUGUGUGGCGGUGGUGGUGGUGCUGGUGGUGGCGCUGGUGGGGAGUGCCGGGGUGGAGGGGCAGACCCGGGUGCGUGACAAGGAUGACCCGCGGCGCAUCCCCUACGGCCAGAACAUCCGCUGGAAGAACGUCCUCUACAAUGAAGUCCGGAUGCGCAACCGAUACAACCAUCCAACGCAUGUCAUAGUGGCUCCGCGCAUCCUCCGGCCUGAUGCUCUGUACCGCUGCAUUGUGUCCAUUCUCUACCUGGACCACCCCGUCGAUGUGCGGGCGUUGCUGCGGAAGGACGGAGUGGAGAUAUCGUCGGCGCGGAAGGAAGUUAUCAAAGGCUACCCCGAGACUCUCCUCCUGCAGAUCCCCCGGACCAGUGAGGGGGGUGACUACAGGCUGCGUAUCGAGGGCAACGUUCCGGGCACCAUCGGGGGGACGAUCUUCAGCAACGACACACAGCUCUUCUUCUCCACGCGCUUCCUCACCAUCCUCAUCCAGACCAACCGGCCGGUCUACACGGGAGAGCAGACGGUGCGCUUCAGAAUCAUCCUCCUCACCACCGAUCUCAAGCCCUUUGAUGACCCAGUUGACGUGUACAUCUUGGACCCCGACGGCUAUGUGAUGAGACGCUGGCCUUCACGCCCGACAAAUGUGGGUGUGGUGUCCAUGAGCUUCGACCUGCCGUUCCUGCCGAAAGUGGGGUGGUGGGGCAUCAAGGCGCUGGUCAACGGGCAGGAGGAAAUCAAGCGGAUCAAGGUGGACAAGUGGUAUACGCCGCGCUUUGAGGUCAAGAUGUUCAUGCCCAAGUAUUUCCUGGACACGGACGAGGCCAUCACCGGAGAGUUUGGCGGCGAGUUCUCCAACGACAAAGGCACUUACGGCAACGCCACGGUCCGGCUGUACAUCCGAGGCCGCGGGCAGGACAAGUGGAAGUAUGUGAUGCAGCAGGACUUUACCCCCCGCCUGUUCCGUCCUCGUCGUGGUGGUUUGAGUCACCCAGACCGUCAGCUUGACUCGGAGGAUGAAUUCAGCUUCCCCAUGGAGGAGGUGGCUCGGCACGUCCCUAAGCUCGACGGGUCAGAAGUGCGCUUGGAGGCCGAGAUAUACGAGAUCUAUACCGGCAUCAAUGGGACCGGCUUCACCCACGGCAAGAUCAUCAAUUCCUCCGUCAACUGUAUGUUCCUGGGAUCCUCGCCUUUCAUCUUCAAGCCCGGAAUGCCUUUCUCGGCCUCUAUUGCUGUGUCUUACCACGACUUUCAGCCCUUGAGCCAGGAGAAGCUAAAGAACUCACGGAUGGUAGUGAAGGGCGAGGCCGUGUUGGAAGGUGGAGGACGAAAGACUGUCUUCGAGGUGGAGAUCCCUCAAGCGAAUGCCGAGACCGAGGAGGAGGCGUUCCUGGACGAGUCGUGGCGAUAUAACAAGCGGCUGCAGGCAGUGAAGGCCGACGACCCGAACUACGACGAGUCCGUGUUCGAAUAUAACAACAACUUUGAUUCCGAGUCCGGCUCCCGCUACCUCUCCGACGACGAGCUGGUGGAGCGCAAGAUGGACAUGUUCUUGCGUAAUCAACAGUUUGAGAAAUACCGCGAGAAGGGAGUCUUCCACUUCACGAUGGACGUCCCAGAAAAGGCGAGCCAACUUGUCCUCACUGCCGCGUACCAGGACGAUGAUGGGUCCAUGGCCUCUGCCAGCGCACAGGCCCUGGCAUACUACUCCCCACACAAACAGUACAUCGGCGUCGAGUCCAGCAGCACGGGGGUGUCGGUGGACGAGUUUGUGGUGUUCCAUGUGCGCUCCAACUUCAACAUGGAGUCCUUCAACUAUGUGGUUAUGGCCAAGGAGAUGAUCCUGUUCGCCGGCAAGGAGGUGCUUCCCACAUUCAACAGGGCCAGUGUCAAGACCCUGUCCAUCCCGGUCAGCUCGGAGAUGGCGCCGGCCUUCAAGAUCUUCGUCUACCACGUCACCCAGACCCAUGAAAUCAUCUCCGACGCCAUCACCAUUCCUGUCGAUGGUGUCUCCAAGCACAAGGUGAGGCUCGUCAUCAACCAGGACAAGGACCACAGCAAGCGUUCGGUGGAGCUGGGCACGUACAGCACUGCCGGGGCCUUCUACGGCGUGUCGGGGGUGAGGGAGUUCACCUACGCCAUGAGGGGAGGCAACGAGCUCUCCCACGCCUCGGUUCUCCGCGCGCUUCAUGGGUUUACGAUUAAUGCCAGGACCAUGCACAAGAUGGCUUGGAGGCCCCGCGAAGGCUUCCACCCCGAGGAGGUUGAGUACUACACCUCAGGGAACUACGGACCCGACUCUAACAGGACCUUUGACUUCAACGGCCUUGUGGUGCUCUCCGACGCGUCCCUGGGAGUGGUGCCGGGCUACGAGAGAAACAUUUGCAACGACAGCGAUGGGUACUCCGCCUGCAUGAUGGGGGGCUGCUACCCAACCUACAAGCGCUGUGACGGGGUCGAGGACUGUGCUGAUGGUUUUGAUGAAGUGGGGUGCUUUGAUCCGCUGGAGGACACGGAGGUGGAGUGGCGAAUUGAGCGUUACGUCAAGUUCUCCGAUUUCUUCGACACGGAGGACGGUGAUUGGUUGUGGCUCGAUAUGAAUAUUGGACACAAGGGGCAUGAGCAGAACCAUAUAGAGCUUCCGAAGGUGGACGACCCUUAUGUCCUCAACGCCUUCAGCAUGUCCAGGAAAUUUGGCUUUGGCCUCAUCGACGAGCCACUGGGGUACUCCGCCAUGCCCCCCAUGUACAUAUCCCUGGAGAUGCCAGACUCGUGCCGCCGCGGAGAACAGGUCGGGAUGCGCAUCAUGGUCUUCAACAACUUGCCGCAGGAGAUGAUGAUCCUGUUGGUUCUGCACGGGGCCGACACUCAUCGCUUCGUGGCCGUCGAGGAGCAUGGAGUUGUGGACUUCUACCGGCCACGUGUCGAGGCCGGCGACCACCAGCACCUCAUCUCGGUGAAUGCCGACACCAGCCAAGAGGUGAUCUUCCCCAUUGUGGCCACCGUGGACCAGGGCGAGAUAGAGUUGACCAUCUCCGCCAUCACGCAGAUCGGCCGAGAUGAGGAGACCGUCACCCUCACUGUGGAGCCUGAGGGAGCCACCAUCAACCGUCACACCUCCACUCUUCUCGACCUGAAAAACCGCGCUGUCGUCUACGAGUACAUGGACAUCAUCGUCGAGGAGUCCUACGUCAUCCCUCUCAGCAUCUUCCGUCGAUUCGUGGCUGGGUCUCCGCGUGGUCACGUGUCCCUGUGUGGUGAUGUGGUGGGGCCGUCCUUCCCAAACAAGCGGCCAGUUGACACCCUCCAAAUGCUGCGUAAGGAGCUCCGAGGCACUGAGGCGUCCACCUUCAACUUCGGCGCUAACCUCUGGACCCUCCACUACCUCCGUCUGACCAACCAGCUGGACUACGCCAACACUCAGGAGGUGUUUGACCAGCUGAACGUGGAGCUGGCGGCCAUCAUGUACCGCUUCAGUCCCGAGGGUGCCUUCAAGAAUUGGGACACUGCUGGCCCGAGUGUGUGGCUGACGGCAUGGACCACACGAAUGCUGCAGCAGGCACAGUUCCAGGACUGGGAGAACUACAUCUACAUCCAGCCUAACAUCAUCUCCAAGGCCGUGGCGUGGAUGAUCAAGUGGCAGGACCCUGUGCUUGGCGCCUUCAGGGAGACACCAGACUACGAGCGCAUCCCCCUAGACAAGAAGGUGUCCCCAUACAUGUACGCUAACAAGGAGCGUGGCCAGAAGAACAUUACGCUGACGGCCCACUGCCUCAUCACCCUGGAGCAGACAAUUAACACGCUGCAGGGUAACGUGCGCUCCCAUGCCAAUAACGCGCGCACCAAUGCAGUCCGGUACCUGGAGAGAGAGCUGGCCUACGUAACCGACCCGUACGACCUGGCCAUCGUGGCGUACGCACUCUCGCUCGCCAACUCAGUGGACAAGGAGACGGCCUAUGGCAUGCUGGACCGGAAGAAGAGGAAGGAGAACGGGUUGAUCUACUGGUCGAGGGAGAAGGUGGAGACCAACCGACGUGUUUACGAGAACAACCAACGUAACCUCCUGCAGCCCAAGUUUGAGCAGAAAUGGGACUCACACGCUGUCGAGGCCACGUCCUACGCCCUCCUUGUCUAUCUGAUCCGCGACGGCAUCGACAUCGACCAGGAACGGAUCGUAGAGUGGCUGAACGCAAUGAGGAUGCACGAUGGCGGUUUCAUCUCCACUGUGGACACGCUGGUGGCCAUGCAGGCGCUGACGGAGUACUCCUACCGUGCCCGGCUGAGGGACAUCACCGACAUGCGGGUGUUGGUGGAGGCGACGGGUGAGAAGGGACGGCGGCCACACAAUGUCGUGAUCCCCAACAGCAACGUUUCCGAGAUGCAUUUCAUCCCCGUCGAUAACGUCUGGGGUAUGGUCAAUGUGGUGGCCAAUGGUGCGGGUCAAGCCAUUCUGCAGCUUGACGUGAGUUACGGGGUUGACUGGACCAACCUCAAGAAGCAGCCGCCAGUCGAGUCCUUUGAGCUCAUGAUCGACGAGGACUACUCUAAGUUCGGCAACAAGUCUCACUGCCUGGUGACUGUAUGUGCUAGGUGGAUCAAUACUGUGGAGUCGGACACCAGCUCGGCCACAGUGAUAGAGGUGGAGGUGCCGACGGGCUACGUGGCCUUCCAGAUUGACCUUGAACGCAGCAUUCACCAGGCCCAGGUCUCGCGCUCCUUCCCCUCGCUGCGAGAUGUUAUUGGCGGACAUGGAGAUACAUUUGCCAAGAGGACUGUCUGGUUCUUUGACUAUGUCCCGUCCAACACAACCUGGUGCUUUACCUACGAGAUGAAGCGUUGGUACCCAGUCGCCAACUUGACCCGGGUUCGGAUGGCUACCAUAUAUGAGCAGUACCAGCCAGAGCGCUUCCAAAUGCUGAUGCUCAACUCAUCGGUGAAUAGCCUGGACAUCUGCGAGGUGUGUGGCUCCUACCAGUGCCCGUACUGCCCCAUCUACAGCUCUGCGUUUGCCCUCACUCCUCCCCCGCUGUUGGCCCUAUUUGUGGUAUUCCUUGGCUCAUUUGUGUCCCAGCUUCUUGCCCCGACCAGCACUUCCCUCUCCGGGGCUGUGAAGAGACGAUACACAUAGCUGG